AUGGUCGUCCAUGGCAAGCUCAUCGUCCAGCUCUCCACCAACACUUCCACCCCUAUCCGUAAUCGUCCUCAGCCCGUGCCACCCUCGAACGAGAGCUCGUCUAGCCUUAAUGGUACUAGCAACCCAACCGCCGGCCAAUCGAGUGCUCUCACUUCUGCCUCUCCAUCUCCUGCUGCUGCCCCCGGCUCUACCUCCAGCACUAACAGCGAGCUCACCAGCCCCGCUCAAGCCCCACUGACCACCGCUCCUUCUACCUCUACCAGCAGCACUGCGGGAACCAUGACUAAUCCCUCGAGCGUUACCGGCAACUCGAGUACCAACAGAAAUUACUCGACCACCGAAGAUCAGUAUGGCCCUCUACCCACUGGCUGGGAACGUCGAGUUGACCAUUUAGGUAGAACAUACUAUGUCGAUCACAACACUCGGGCCACCACCUGGACUCGUCCACCCCGCAGUACGGAAGCACAACUUAAUCAGGCCAACGCUGCCCAAGCCAACGAUCGACAGCGAAUGAAUACUCGGGCUCUGGCUGAUGAUCUACUUGCCGAAGGUGCCACCUCGACUAGUAGCUCUACUGCCAUCACACCUCACUCUUCAUCCGCUUCGCCAUCUCCUAGUGAAUCUGCCACUCCGGCCACAGUUACCCCCGCACCGGCAGCCAGCUCUGGAUCAGGUCCCACCUCGACCGUCCAGGGCGGCUCGACUACCGCUGGCUGGGGGCCACUCCCAGCAGGUUGGGAACAACGUUUUACACCCGAAGGUCGUCCAUACUUUGUUGAUCACAACACGAGGACGACCACCUGGGUCGACCCUCGACGUCAACAGCUAUUGCGAGUUAUGGGCCCCAACGGGAAUAACGUUCAACCACAAGCAGUAUCUCAACUUGGUCCUCUUCCGUCUGGAUGGGAGAUGCGACUGACCUCAACCGCCCGUGUUUAUUUCGUUGACCAUAACACUAAGACUACCACUUGGGAUGACCCUCGUUUGCCUAGUUCACUUGACCAGAACGUGCCCCAGUACAAACGUGACUUCCGUAGGAAACUCAUCUACUUCAGAUCUCAACCCGCCUUGAGACCUAACCCUGGUCAAUGUCAUGUCAAGAUCAGGAGGAGUCAUAUUUUUGAGGAUAGUUAUGCUGAGAUCAUGAGACAACAGCCCAACGAUCUCAAAAAGCGCCUCAUGAUCAAGUUUGACGGCGAAGAUGGACUCGACUAUGGCGGGGUUUCUCGAGAGUUUUUCUUUUUGUUGUCACAUGAGAUGUUCAACCCAUUUUAUUGCCUAUUUGAGUACUCUGCUGUCGACAAUUAUACCCUCCAAAUCAAUCCCCAUAGUGGCGUGAACCCGGAGCAUCUAAAUUACUUCAAAUUUAUUGGUCGAGUUCUCGCUCUGGCUAUCUUCCACAGACGUUUCCUGGAUGCCUAUUUCAUUACGAGUUUCUAUAAAAUGAUUCUCAAGAAGAAGAUCGCCUUAGCUGAUAUGGAAAGCGUAGAUGCUGAGAUCUUCAGGUCAUUGACAUGGAUGCUGGAGAAUGAUAUUACGGAUGUGAUAGAGAAUUCGUUUUCAGUGGAAGAUGAGAAAUUCGGAGAAGUAGUGACGAUAGAUCUGCGGGAAAAUGGAAGGAACAUACCAGUGACAGAGGCGAACAAGAAAGAUUACAUUGAGUUGAUCACUCAAUGGCGGAUCGAGAAGCGAGUAGCCGACCAAUUCAAGGCGUUUUUGAGCGGCUUUCACGAGCUGAUCCCGCAAGAAUUGAUCAAUGUGUUUGAUGAACGAGAGCUGGAGCUCUUGAUUGGUGGAAUGUCGGAUAUCGACGUGGAUGAUUGGAUCAAACAUACCGAUUAUCGCGGGUAUCAGCCCGAUGAUCAAGUCAUUAAAUGGUUUUGGCAGGCCGUUCGAGCUUGGCCUGCUGAGAAGAAAUCCCGCUUGCUUCAAUUCACUACCGGUACUUCUCGAAUCCCUGUUAAUGGGUUCAAAGACCUUCAAGGCUCUGAUGGACCUCGUCGAUUCACUAUCGAAAAGGCGGGCGAAAUCACUCAGUUACCGAAGUCUCAUACUUGCUUUAACCGACUCGAUUUGCCCCCGUAUCCUAAUUUCGAUCAAUUGGAACAGAAGAUUAGUUUUGCUAUCGAAGAAACUCUAGGGUUUGCGGUCGAAUGA